AGCCACUGGGUGAACAUGAAAGUCAUCAUUGAGAAGCUCCAGUCCCGAGGCCACCAGGUCACAGUCGUGCGAACAAACGACAGCUGGUACAUCAAGGAAACGUCGCCGCUUUACACCUCCAUCACACUAGAAGUGGAUUCAGGCUUCAGCAAAGAUUUUAUCACGUCCUUCGUGGAUCAUUUACUCUCCAUCCAUGGGGAAGGGAACGCCGCUUGGACUCGUUUCAAGCUAAAAAUGGAGCAAGGGGAAAAAGCCUCGCUCCUGCAUGAGAAAACGGCGAAACUGCUGCAGUCGAUGUUUGAGAAGAAAAACUUGGUCGAGUCUCUUCUCAGAGCCAAGUACGACCUUGUUCUGACAGAUCCCGCCGUACCAGGCGGCGUCAUCCUGGCCGGAUACCUUAAACUACCUGUGGUCUUCAACGUGAGGUGGACCAGUCACGGCGAGGGCCACUUGGCAAUCGCACCGUCCCCUCUGUCCUACGUGCCCAUGACUGGGACGGAAUUUUCGGAUAAGAUGAGCUUUUUUCAGAGAGUUCUUAAUGUUCUGGCUUUUGUCUUUGAAGACUAUCAAAUCGCUAAGUACAUCACGCCGCAUUAUCGAGGCUUGAUUAAAAAGUAUUUAGGCCCGGAUGUGAACUACUACUCUUUGUUCCAAGAAGCAGACCUUUGGCUCAUGAGAGUGGAUUUUGUGUUCGAAUUUCCUCGCCCCACCAUGCCCAACGUCAUCUAUAUUGGAGGAUUCCAAUGUCAACCUGCCAAGCCCCUACCAGACCACCUGGAGGAGUUCAUGCAAAGUUCUGGAGAACAUGGAGUCAUCCUUAUGUCUCUUGGGACUUUUGUGAGCGAACUUUCUGCCGAUGUAGCCGAUAAGAUAGCGGCGGCUUUUGCCAAGUUGCCUCAGAAGGUCAUCUGGAGAUAUAAAGGUGCCAAACCUUCAACUCUUGGGAACAACACUCUCCUGGUGGACUGGAUGCCACAGAACGACCUCCUUGGACAUCCCAAGAUUAAACUUUUUGUGGCUCACGGCGGGACAAACGGUGUUCAGGAAGCUAUGUAUCAUGGCGUACCCGUUGUAGGAAUACCUUUGUUUUUCGACCAACAUGACAAUUUGAAGCGUCUCACAGACAGAGGAGCAGCCAUCAUUGUCCAAUUAGCCUCGAUGGAAAAAGACAACAACUUUUUGGAGGCCCUGCGGGAAGUUCUUACAAAUUCAUCCUACAGGACGAGCAUGCAGAGACUCUCCAAGCUGCACAGAGAUCAGCCCAUCGCACCGCUCGACAACGCCAUCUUCUGGAUCGAGUUUGUCAUGAGACACAAAGGUGCAGCUCACCUGAGGACCGAAUCCUACAAGAUGCCCUGGUACACCUACUACUCUGUGGACGUGGUGUUCUUCCUCACAGCUGUGGUGCUCAGCAGUCUGGUUUCUCUCAGUGCCUUCAUUUACUGUCUUUGCUCCAGAGUGUGUCUAAAAACAAAACAUAAACGUGAUUAA